AUGGCCUUGGUUGGAGCAAUUUUUGGCGCCGCCAUAGGUGGUUACAUUAACGAUGUCUUCGGACGUAGGAUUGCUACAAUCAUAGCAGAUCUUAGUUUUAUCAUUGGAUCAGUGAUAAUGGCUCUGGCACCAAAUCCUAUGCUUAUCAUAGUGGGCCGUUUUUUAGUUGGCUUGGGUGUUGGUUUUGCCUCCAUUACUGCUCCUUUAUAUAUUGCGGAAGUAUCACCGUCAGAAAUAAGAGGAGGAUUAGUUAGUGCCAAUUGUCUUAUGAUUACUGGUGGUCAAUUUCUUUCCUAUGUCAUCAAUUACGGCUUGACAAGA